CCCCCGCAGAACCCUUACGUCAGAGGCCUCUGGCUGCUUGGCAACCAGAUCCGAAGCCAACAACACAAGUAGAACAUAUCAAAUACGGGUGAAGACCAUGCGUCGCUCAGCUGCCAAAUCACGGGGCGAUAAAAGCCGCACUGAUUCUGUCCCAGGUAAUACUGCAUCGGUCCAGCCUAUUGAGACCGUGGACAUUGUCCCAGGCCGCCUUACAGAGUCCACCUGGACCAGCAUGCUCUCCCAGGAGGAGGGUGAGGAGGCGGUGGUGGAUAUCAUAGCAGAACUGAUGGAAGAAGUGAUGGACAGAUGCUAUCAGGUGUAUCUGCAAAGACAGUUGAUACCCUUCUCUGUGUGGUGGGCACAAAAUAACCUGGUGGAGACGCUAGAAUGUCUUCUCCUGAGGAGAGAUGAAGGGGAUGAUUCAGAACAUGAACUCUUUUGGCAAGAGGAUCAAGAGCCCCAGCCCUGUGCGAUUGAUUCUUGGGCUGAAGGAUCUGUACCUGUGCUUCAUGCUGCUCUGGAAUAGCACAAGGUUUAUAUGACAUUCCAAACAGCCUGAAGUGAAAAAGACUGGUGGACCAGACAGAGGUUUGUUAUAGCUGAAACCAAAAUCAUGUUGCUCACAAACUGUCAUU